CUUAAUUAUUAUUUACAAUAUAGUUAUAUAUAUAUAUUCUUGAAUUCUUUUUGUUUUAUUAUAACAUUCUAAAAAAAAACUUACUUAUGAAAAGUUUAGAAUGGACAAUCUCGCGGACAAUCUUCAUUUCAACCUGAGUUAUCCGGAUUUUACCCAACAUGUUAUUCACCAACAAGACCCUUCCUUUCAAAAUUUACCAACAACAUAUUCAACCUUCUCGUUAUUACAAACUAAUAUUUCUCCACCUGAACUUCAUCCAUCUUCUGUUGAUAAAGAUACAACAACAAGAAAACAACAACUCUUAUCUUCUACUUCUUUAUUGCCAUCUCGAAAUUUGACUAGAACUCGAGUCACAAGACCUCCCAAUGCUUUUUUACUCUUCAAUAAAGAAAUGAGAAAACGACUCAAGAUCGAUAAUCCUACUUGGACUGUUAGUGAUAUCAGUAAAGAAAUUGGUGAUCGUUGGAGAACCCUUAGUCAAGAAGACAAGCAUCAAUAUGUAGUACAAGCCAAUAAAAUCAAAGAAAGUCAACAAGCAUUACAUCCCAAUGCGAUGUAUAUUCGACGAUCAAAAGCAGAAUUGACAAAGGCUGGUCAUUAUGAAAAAGUGGAAAAGAAAAAAGCAGAUACAAGAGAACAACAAUUUGCUCAAGUUAUGGCUGCUGCUGCUGCUGCUGUUUCCACAUCGUCUUCUUCGUCUUCAUCUCCAACAAUACGAAAACAAAAAAGGGAUAAAAAUCCAGGUGCUCCAAAACAUCCUUUAUCAGCCUACAUGUGGUAUUUGACUGAAGUACGACCGGAAACUCGACAAUCUUAUCCUGGAUCUACUGUGGGUCAAAUCAGUAAAUUAUGUGCAGAUCGAUGGAAUACAAUGACAGAAUCUGAACGACUUCCGUGGAUGAACAAGGCUACAGCGGACAAGGCUCGUUAUGCAAGGGAAAUGCGAGUAUAUGCUUCACAAAACAAUCAUCCUAUGGGAAGAGGCACUCGACAAAAAUAUCGAUCCACAUCCCCUUCUUUAUUUUUAAUGACAAAUGACAAACUUCAACAACAAGAACAACAUUAUCAUCAACAUUCACAUCUUCAUCAUGGUUUAUUUUACUCUUCUUCAUCAUCAUCGAAUGGUUUGGUUUCAGCCUGUUCUUCUCCAACUCCAACAUCUUCCCAUAUGCACUUUGAGUCUUCCUCUAUUCUACGAAACUCUCUACCAGGCAAUAUCCCAAUGCAAGAUACCAUGAAUCCAAACGAAUUAUUACAAACUCCUUUAUCCUCUUCAUUGCAUGACACCGAUACAUAUUGA